AUGUCUACAAUGAAGGUCGUAAUCCUAACCUUGUUCAUCAGCCAAAUUGGCUUGAGCUUUCAAGCUAAUGGUCUCAAUACCAUGAGCGACUUGCCUCCAAUGGAUCAAGCAAAAGAUUCAAAGUUGGAUAUGUUGGGAAAUGAGCGACAAGAAGUUGGCGGAGGUAGGGUACUCCUCCCCCUGGAAUCUGAACAUACAAUGAAGAAUCACACAACAACAACGACGACGACUAUCCCUACAACUACAACAGCUACUACAACUACUACAACUACUACAACUACUACAACUGCUACAACUGCUACAACCUCUACUACUACUUCUACUACUACUUCUACUACCACUGCUACAACCACUACUACGACCACAACUACGUCCAUUACCACUACUCUAACAACAACCACUUCGACCAAAACAUCUUCGCCCUUCACCUUUCCGGACCCCACAACAACCACAGAUAAAACGCCUUCGCCGUUUACUUUUCCGGAUCCAACUACUUCAACCACCAAAACAUCGUCUCCUUUCACCUUCCCAGAUCCAACAACUUCGACGGAAAAGUCUUCUCCAUUUACUUUUCCGGAUCCAACAUCAUCCACCAAUCCAUCAACUCAUAUUUACACAUUUUCGCCCACAAGCACAGAAAGCACAACGGUGUCACCUUUUACGUUCCCUACUCCAACCGAUAAACCUCCCUUGGGCGGUGAUUUGAUUCCCAUUAUCGUUGGAUGCGUUUUGGGCGGUACCGUCAUUGUUGUCCUGAUUGGCUAUUGCAUAGCCAGAAUGAGAAGCCGAAAUAAUGACCCUGAAGCUGACCAGCUCAUUGAGUUUGAUGAAUGUUGGAAAUCUUCUCAAUACGAUCGGAAAAUGCCCAAUCUCCCAGAAGUCGGAUCCAAACUCGAAGACCUCGCCCAAAAUGCUUUCACCGACUCUCCAGAGGAUCCCCAAACCACAGACGAUGGUCCUCCUGAGUACGAGGAGGAAGAUGACUUGGUACCAAUCAUCCUGGGAUCUGUUCUAGCUGGAUUAGUGUUGCUAGUUUUGGCCGGGUAUCUGGUUCACAGGUUCUGGUCUUGCUAA